AUGCCCCCGACGCAAAUCUCGUUUGAUUACCCCCUCAGCAUUACCAAUAUUGGUACAGCUACCGCCUUGAUCCAUCUUGGUGAGCCAAGCAGUCCGAACCGUAUCAAUCUUAUCACAGACCCCGUGUUCGGUCCCGGCAGCACCCAAAUCGAGUAUCGCGGUCUUGUCAUCAAAAAGUCCGACUCCCCAGCCUUAACUAUCGACCAGCUCCCUCCCAUCGAUGCUGUUCUACUCAGCCAUGAAGAUCAUCCGGACAACCUAGAUGAGCUCGGCCGACGCCUUCUUGAUGCUCGAAGGGUCCUCACCACCAGAGACGGCGCUUCUCAACUAGCUCCGCGGCCAGGAGUGCGGGGCCUUAAGAAUUGGGAAACCGUUUGUCUUGAUUUUGGUGGUGAGGGAAAGGCGCGGAAGCUGGAAGUGACGGCCACUCCAUGCAAGCACUUACCCGGCGGUCAGGUAGUGGGCUUCAUUGUCAGCUCUUCAGACGGGGCUUUUGGAACACAGCCUGACGGUCGUCCGAAUGCGAUAUACUUCUCUGGAGACACGAUUCAUCUCGAAGAGCUUGGCAAGAUGAAGGCGAAAUAUCAUAUCGCCGUCGCCAUGUUGAACAUCGGAAAGGCAACUGUGAUCUUGCCCGGCGGGGGUGCUGAUGGGGGAGGCCCGCUGCAGAUCACCAUGGGUGGUGACCAGGCAGCGCAGUUGGCUAAGGACAUCGGAGCCGACGUAAUUGUUCCAUUGCACUUCGAGUCAUGGAGUCACUUUGCGGAAUCUGGGACCCAACUGGCAAAUGACUUUGCGAAGGCAGGGGUGGAGGAUAGGGUGCUUUGGUUGAAGCGAGGCGUGGAGACCAAGAUUGUUUGAGUAUUCCACGAGCUGGGAAACAUACAGUGAUUAUAGAACAGAUAUUGAAUGAUAGACAGGGGCCGUAACACCGCGACGCCAUGUCAACUCACUCAUCAAGA